ACGAGAGAAUCGAUAUUGUUAUGAUCGUAGGAGAGGGCAAUGAAUGACGCGAUCAUUGGGCCAUGCCUCCUCCAGGCCCAUGUUUUCUUCAUUAAAAAAAGGAUUAGAAGACGUAUUUAAGGUGACCGAAGGAGGUCCUGCACAGGAUGGAAGAGGACGUAGAUAAAAAAGAAGAACAAGAAGUUGUAGAGAAGCAACCCUGUUCUUCCCCUAAUGCAGACGAACAACUUACAUGUUCUCUCUAUCUUUCCUGCAGCGGUAUUCCUCGUGGUCAGGAUCACCAAGAUCAAGGUAGAUCGAAUGAGAGAACGCGUGACUUUGAACAUUGUUUCUAGCUUCAUUAUAUUCGUAAUUAUCAAAGAUGGAGAAACUCUUCGGUCUCGAUUAGAAGAAGCUAUCGGUGCUUCCGAGCCUUCAGGUACAUGGCAAAUUUCUGAAACUUCUUGCGGCUUUAUUGUAACGUUCGAGCGAGAAACUGACGUGGAUAAUCUUUUACAACGUUGUGAUUUUACACGGCUUUUUGAAGGACCCGUACAAGUAGCUCGAUUUGCUCCAAGAGAUACUCGAUAUCGACAAGCCGUGUUACUUCGAGAUGUACCUUGGGCAAUACCUCUUCAAGAUUUAAGCUCUGCCUUGGCGAAACAAGGAAUAGCGACUGGAAUUAUCGAGAGAUCGCGUCAAUAUGUUCGCGUUGAGCUUUUGGAUGCGGAACAUUACGAACUUCUAUUAAGACAAGGAUUAGAUUUCUUCGGUGCUGCACGAUUCAGUGCUAUUCCCGAACGAUGGUGGCGUCCUGGAACCGGAAAUGCAGCUAUGCCACCAAUUCCUCCUGGUAAUUUCCCUCCAGGACAUCCUGCUGAAACAUCGAAUCCUCAUCAAGGCGAUGGUGUUCUUCAAUGCUAUCGAUGCCAAGGUUUUUGGCACGUAGCUGCUAAUUGUCGACAUCUUCCAAGAUGCGUUCGCUGUGGUGAACCUCAUAGCGUCGAAUUUUGUCCAAGGCCACGAAAUAGUCCUAUCUGUUGUCACUGUUCCGGUCCUCAUCAUGCGGGCUACCGACAAUGUCCUGUAAGAUUGCAAUUAUCCAAUGCUACUCCCAUCAGCAUCACUUUAAGCACGGUACGAGUCGAAGGUCAAUAUUCGAAUCCUACCAAUAAUAAAUCAGCAGCUUCUCCUCAAGGAUUGCAACCAUUAAAACCAAGUCAUUCUUAAGCGACUCAUUCUCUUCUUUCUUUUUUUGUCGAUUGUUCAAAAUCUUCUAGAUCUCUGCUAUAUUGACUCGAUACUAUACGAGAUAAGAUUCGUGAUCCAUGUGAUUCAUGAUUGAAGACUGAUUAUAGACUUGUUCUCCGAUAACUAGGCUAUCGUGCCAAUGUUACGUGAAAGUUUCUCUUUUUAACGAAGAAGAACGUAACACGGAAGAAACGUUUCUUUCAUCUACGUUUAUCUCUACCAUGUUUUGUAAUUAUUUUCGAUUGAAUACGAAAUAUAUAUAUACUAUGUAUAAACAUUUUUUUUAAUAAGAUAUACUCCUUCUCUCUCUCUCUCUCUCCCUCUCUCUAUCUAUCUAUCUAUCUAUCUUUUUUUACGAAUAGACGUAGAGAAAACUUUCAGUCAUUUUUCAAAGUAUUGUAAUUUCCAACAACGUCGGUGAAACUCGAUUUACAAAAUUUGUAAAGAAAGCUGUGGUUUACUAUCCGUAGAGUAAUGUCUGCGUCUCUGUUUUUCUUUCUUU